AACGUCCCCUGGAAGCUUCUGGCAAUAGGGGCUCUUAGCUGCAUAGGAAAGAUGGAGCCACCCUGCCCAGAGGUACAGAUAAGAGGCUGUGGGGCAUCUCCUCGGUUCUCCGUGAGGAGUCUGUCAAAGAAGCACUGUGAGAACCAGGAGAAUCUUCUCCACUUUGACCAGCAAGCCCUAGACCGCAUCUCUACGUCUCCCACUUACAGGAGAUUAAGGGGCAAUGUCUGUGGAGCGGUCACACUGCUGCCUGAGCAAGAGACCUAGGAAGUGCUCACCUGGAAGGAGCCUGGAAGCCAGCAGGAGCCUGCAGGCUCUCCAUGUUACCUCUCCAAAAGUCCGCCUGGAAGCCCAAAGAAUUCUUCACAUUCUCUAUCACCCUUGAGACUCCAACCAAGAUUCCCUCCAGAUCCCCAAAGGUCCUCAACACAACUGGCUCAUUUGAACCCCUUCUCCUAUCUACGGCCAUACCACCCUGAACACAUCCAAUCUUAUCUGAACCCCUUCCCCUGCUUCAGCCCAUCAGUGGGGGAUCUUUUUCCCAGGCCUCUCUUCCAGAGAGAGGAAGCCACUCACCACCCAGCCCUGCCACAAGGCCUCCUGGUUCUCGGUGUACCUGGAGUUGCUGGGCAUUUGCACAAGUAUUGCUUCUUCCCCCUGGGCUGUAUUGCAACUUCCAUUCCACAAGGACAGCAGCCUGAAAAGCUGGUGAGAGCUGGCAGCUACCAGUACCAGCAGCUGCCCUGGGGGUGGCCCACACGUGUGUUUGGUAACUACUGCGGGCACAGGUUCUAUGAGCCUAAGCAGAGUUUUGCGGUGCUCAACUUCCCUGGACUUGAUGUGUUCCCAGGGAACAUUCUGGUGUCAGAUGUAGCUGCAGAUUACCUGUUCCAUCCCCUUCUGCUACCGAACUCAGAAUCCAAAAAGCCAAGAUGGUGUUUCUCCCAGAGAGGCACGGAGAGUGGCAAAGACAAACACAGGCACAUACCUGACCUGGAGAACUGCCUGUCCUCAGUGAAAAUUACAGACUUCAGGGACUGUGAGUUCCACUGCCAUAACGAUAAAACCUGGAAUGAAAUCAUGGAAACAUAUCAAAAACUUCCUACCAAUUAAUUAGACUUGAGAAAGCAGCAAGUGGCCAAGUUGGAAGUCUUCACAGGUGAAUGCAUUGAUUUCUUGGACCAUUUUAUCAUAAUGUGCAUUGCAUUUUCUAAAAAGAUCUUCAUGAAUACAUUAAAAUAUCUACAAACUCAUGAAUAUCUUCUGGAUGUAGAUUUAUGGAGACUUUUUGCCAACCUAGAAGAAUUAAGUCAGACAAGCUUCGAUUUUGUAAACAGUGUUUUUGGCAUCAUCAAGGACUAUGCUGAGCCUUCUGAGACCUCACUACUGAUGGGUUUCAUCUCCAUGCUCACAAAGUAUUUCUGAGGCAGCCUCUGUCAGAGCCACCAGACCUACUGCCUGAAUGACUUAGUCACUGUCUUUUAUCUUGAGAGCCUGAGGCAAAGAGAUGACUUUGGAAUUUAUUUAAAGUGGUGUGAGCAAAAUGAACAGUGAGGACGGCUCCACCUGCCUGAGCUGCUGGUGGCCCCACUGGACAGGUGGGGUGACUCGACCUUGUUGCUGAAGAAUGUCUGGAAAUGGAGUAGAGACUCUAUGGAGAAAAUCAUGAUCUACAGCAUCAAGGAAAAGAUGGAAAGGUCAAUCAGGAUCCUUGAAGGAAAAGUGAAGUGGCUUGACAAUUGCCAAAAAUGUAGACAUCUACGGAAGAUUAUUGUGUGGCCUCCACUAUGGGAUAGAAACAAAAAGUUUUUCCUGAAACAUAUUUUUAAAGAACACAUGGCAGAAAACAUCUUGUCACCAACCACCAGACAACUUUUCUAUGAAGGAAAAUUAACUCUUGCAGAAAGCACAAGAUUCCUAGGUAUUUAUAUGUUUCUCUUUGAUGAUUUCCUCUUAGUUGUGAAAACUAAUUGCAACAAAAAGAAACUUGAAGGUUCAGGCACUGGUUUAAUGUGUCCUUCGCUUACUGCUGAGCCGUGAACAGUAAUAAAAGAGGGUGGUUCGUGUAUGGUACUUGAUCAGCCCAUUCCACUAGACCGAUUGGUGGUCAAAAGUAUCGAUCCACUCCACACGUCUGCGUUUGGGCUGAGAAAUGCUUUCCUUGUACGACAUGAAAACAGAUAUCGACGGUGUGUAGCAAUGUUCUUAUUCCAAACCCAAAGGGAAAAUAUCAAAAAAACAUGGAUGACACAAAUAACAGCAGCAAUAUCUUGCUUCACCAAGAACCAGGAAACCAAGAAGAACUUUACGUCGCCUGCAGAAUCCUCUGAAAUGUAGGAACCUAAAACAAGUGGUGCAUUUUGUAGACAUUAGGAUUAAGGUAUUCUUUCAUUCAAACUUUUCUGACACUUAUUUAGUGAUGAGCUGGAAAGAAAUGUGCAUUUUAAAGGAGUUCCAGAAUUUGAGAAUUUGAGCUAGGAAAAUCCUCAUUAUAGAGGAAUAAUGACCGCAACAAAUUUGAACUCCGAGGAAUUUUUUGGCGGGUAUAUACUGAUACCUUAUCAUGUUUCAGCAGGGCUCGCAAGAGGUUGGAGUGAAGUAUGGUGCUAUUAGAAUUUGUAAAGGGUGAAAGAUCAGAUGAAUGGAGGGUCAAAAGGAAAGCAAUGUCCACUGCUUGUGCUCAGUAUGAAUUCUAGCAUCUCACUUUGUGUAUGUCAAUAAUGAAACCAUAUUUCCUACAUGGCUCAUAAACCAGUCUUAACUGCUUUACAGCCCUACCUCACAUGCAGUGAUAAUUCUUUUUUUUAACUUUUUAAAAUGUUUAUUUUUGAGACACAGAGAGAGAGAGAAAUGAGCAGGGGAGGGGCAGAGAGGGAGACACAGAAUCUGAAGCAGGCUCCAGGCUCCGAGCUGUCAGCACACAGCCCAACGCAGGGCUUGAACUUCCGAACCGUGAGAUUAUGACCUGAGCUAAAGUUGGAUGCUCAACCCACUGAGCCAUCCAGGCACCCCUAAAGCGCAUUGAUAAUUCUGAUACAACUUUGGUUACUUUUUUAACAGAUUAAGCAAUCAAUAAGGUCUAUAUUUAACAGUUUUUAAAUUCCUAUUUGCCAACAGUUUACUUACCUCAGGUAUACUUGGUAAUACCCUAAAUUGAAAGUAGAAAAUCCCAGAGAUUAAAUGCCCUUAUUUUAAGGGGAAAAAAAGCAAGUGUCUGUUCCAGUUUCGCCAGUUAACACUUUUACGUGAGAGAUUUUCAUAGAAAUAGUUAAGAUAGCUUUCUCUGAACCUCAUUUUUUGAGGAACGAACGAUGAAGUUUGUCAUAAAACCACUUUCUGGUUUGAGUGGUGUGUGUGCUGGCAUAGAACAGCCAAGUUUAUUUGGCAGAAAGCACUUGAAAUGUCAUUAGAAUCUUUAUCAAGUAAAAGUAGCUUGAAUUAUUAUAUUGUCAUGGUGGAAUACACUAUUAACUUCAUUUAAAAAAACGGGUUCUUAUAGUCAGAUCAUAUCAAGAGGAAAUCCACAAAUUUCAAUAUCAGGAAUGGUAACUUCCGCAAUUUCCAAAACGGACGUAUUGCACUUUUCAAUUUGGGCUGGAAGAUAAGUGAUAUGUUAACUGAUCUCCUUAAGUUGGAGGAUGAGACAGAGAAGAUGGGCUUGAGGAAGUCAUGACGUGCAGUUAAUUCUUUGAGGAAAACACAGAUUUCGCCACACUGCAGCAUAAAGGCUCUUAUCCAAGGGCCAAGCA